GCACAGUAAGAUAACAAAAAUGUUUCAGCCAACAGAGGAUGUCCAAAUCUCAGACUUUAGCCUUAUAGGACAGGCCCCUAGACACAUAUACACACACACACACACACACACACACACACACACACACUCACACACACACACAAUCCUCUGCUGGAUAGAUACCUGCACUUAUUUGUGACAAAGACAGACAUACACCUAAAUGGCUCACCUACAAAGCGAGCUUACCCAGAAUCCCCUGGAGAAGAUCUGGGUGCCGUGGAUGAACAGUAGACUGAGCCGAAGACGAGGGUCGUCCGUGCCGCAGUUCACAAACUCACCCACUAUGAUCGUGAUGGUCGGUCUGCCUGCCAGAGGAAAGACCUACAUCUCCAAAAAGCUAACACGCUACCUCAACUGGAUCGGCGUUCCCACCAAAGUGUUUAACGUGGGACAGUACAGAAGGGAAGCCGUUCAGUCCUACAAAAGCUUUGAGUUUUUCCGUCCAGACAACGAAGAGGCCAUGAAGAUCCGCAAAGCUUGUGCACUUGCGGCAUUAAAAGAUGUAGCUACUUACUUCAGUCAGGAGCAGGGCCAAGUGGCGGUGUUCGAUGCCACAAACACAACACGUGAAAGGAGGGAGGUGAUCCUGUCAUUCGCCAAAGAGAACGGAUACAAGGUGUUUUUCGUGGAGUCUGUGUGUGACGAUCCUGAGAUCAUUGCUGAAAAUAUCAAGCAAGUGAAGCUCAGCAGCCCGGAUUACAUCGGCUGUGAUAAAGAAGAAGCGGUGAAAGACUUUUUGAAGAGAAUCGAGUGCUAUAAGGUCACAUACGUCCCACUGGAUGACGAUAAAGACAGACACCUGUCCUAUAUAAAAAUCUUUAAUGUAGGCAGCAGGUAUUUGGUGAAUCAUGUACAGGAUCACAUCCAGAGCCGGAUCGUUUAUUACCUGAUGAAUAUUCAUGUCACGCCGCGCACCAUCUACCUGUGCAGGCACGGAGAGAGCGAGCUCAACCUUCUCGGUCGCAUCGGAGGGGAUUCGGGUCUCUCGCCACGUGGAAAUAAGUUUGCUGCGUCUCUGGGGAAGUACAUCAGGAGUCAGUGUAUCCUGGACCUAAAAAUCUGGACGAGUCACAUGAAGAGAACGAUCCAGACUGCUGAGGGAAUCGGGGUGGCGUACGAACAGUGGAAAGCUCUCAAUGAGAUCGAUGCAGGUGUGUGUGAAGAGAUGACGUAUGAAGAGAUUCAGGACAACUUUCCUGAAGAGUUUGCACUGAGAGACCAGGACAAGUAUCGUUACCGUUACCCAAAGGGCGAGUCGUAUGAAGAUUUGGUUCACAGACUGGAGCCUGUGAUCAUGGAGCUGGAGCGUCAGGAGAACGUUCUGGUCAUCUGUCACCAGGCCGUCAUGCGCUGUCUGCUUGCUUAUUUUCUGGACAAAAGUGCAGGUGAAUGUAAUGCUUUAAAGCUCCAGGGAGUCUGUGACAAAUUCCAUUUCAGGCUUUUUUCAAAUAUGUUGGUUGAAUUGCCCAGCAGGCCAUAACAGGCAAACAAUAAC